AUGCAGGUGGCUGUUUCGUCAAACGAGUACCCGAAGCCGCUGAAGUCUUCGGCUGUUUUGGACAAAUAUGAUCAGAUUGACGUCACCCCCUCUAUAGGAACAGAAUUUCACACCGCGAAGAUUGUCAAGUGGAUUAAUGCAUCCAAUGUAGAUGAGUUUCUGCUUGAUUUGGCCAUCAAGAGUAGGCCUCACGACCUAACAAACGACCUCCAGAGGCUGCUGAUGCAACGGUUGGGCGAGCUAACUGGAAAACCAAAAACCUCUCGCCUCCAUAUACAUCCCGUCAUGAACUCCGAAGGCGAGUCUAGCGGAGACCCUGAAAUCAAUACCAUCAGCUCCGCCCAGCGCAACAACCCAAAGAGGCAGAACACCGCUCAUUGGAAUAGUGAUACUGCAUUUGAGCCUGUUCCCGCUGAUUACACAUCGCUGAGAGGCUUACCCAGGUCCCCAAGACCGGAGGCGGAGCACACCGUAUGGGCUUCGGGUUACGAAAUCAACGGUCGUCUUAGUGAGCCAUAUCAGAGAUUCCUCGAGACUCUCACGAGCCCGAAUGUACGAGAAAGAGCGUGGCGCCCCAGAGAAUGUCGGUGGCGGACUAAAGGCUAUCACCGUGUUGUGCGCGCUAAUCCCGUAACUGGAUGGAAGAGUAUUUACCCAGUUGGCAGACAUGUUCAACACAUUAACGGCUUAACAGAAGUGGAAUCUAAGCAUAUGAUGAACAGCGUUUUUCAUACUGCCAUCCUUGAUUGUGACGACCAAGGAAACCGUUUCGGGAUCCGAGCAAUUGGUAUAGGUGAGAAGCCGUAUUUUGAUCCAAUCCUGCCAGCACCUCGAAGAGGACUGCUCUUGGACUCGAGCCCGUGGCCGAAAAAGAAGAUCCACUGA